AUGGGGAGAAAAAAUAUUUUCACUAUCACAGUUGAUAAUGCAUCAAGCAAUGAUAUUGUCGUUGGCUUCAUGAAGAAGAAGGUGGUGAAGUGGGGUGGUUCUUCUACUAGGGCCGAGAACAUACAUAUGAGAUGCAUUGCUCAUAUUCUAAAUUUGGUUGUACAAGAUGGAUUGAAAUUCGCAGAUACAUCAGUUAAGAAGAUUAGGGAUUGCAUUAGGUGGGUGAGGGGUUCUCCAUCUAGGUUGAAGAAGUUUAGAGAGCUUGCGGAAUUGCUUAAGGUGGAAGAGAAAAGUUCUUUAUGGCUUGAUGUUCCAACUAGAUGGAACUCCACCUAUAUGAUUCUUCGAACCGCAAUAGCUUACAGACAAGUUUUUGAAAUGCAUGAGAAUAGUGACACCAUGCUCACUUUGGAUUUGGGUGAUUCGGUGCCUUCAUAUCUUGAUUGGUUAUCUGUUGACAACUUGGUUAUAUUUUUGAAGACAUUUUAUGAAAUGACAAUCAGAAUUUAUGGCUCACCUUAUGUCAUCUCAAAUUCUUUCUUAACCAAGAUUUCAAAUUUGAGUUGCAUUAUUGUCGAUAUGUUACAAUCUAAGUCGAAAGUUGAAGAGGAAAUGGGUGGUAAAAUGAAAGAGAAGUUUAGUAAAUAUUUGGGUGAUCCGGAUAAGAUUAACUUUAUUAUAUUUUUUGGCAAUAUAUUGGACCCAGAGACAAGGUUGAAGUAUGUCUCAACAUAUUCUGAACCUUCAACCACUAUGAUGCUUCCUCCACCCGUUAAGUGUGAAAAUGUUCCCGUUGGAAGGGUACAAUCUAGAUUAAAAAACCAACUAAAGAAACAAAAGAUGGAAAGUGGGAUUUCACUCAACAAAAAGAGUGAACUUGAAGUUUAUCUAGGUGAGUCCACCAUAGAUGACACAAAUAAUUUUGAUAUUUUAAGAUGGUGGAAGGUUAACAGUGAAAGGUUUCCUAUCUUUUCGAAAUUGGCUAGAGAUGUACUUGUUGUUCCAAUUUCAACUGUGGCAUCUGAGUCGACUUUUAGUACUAGUGGCAGGGUGUUAGAUAAUUUUAGGAGUUCUUUAUCUCCAAAAAUGGUAGAAGCUCUUAUAUGUACACAAGACUGGCUAAGAGGCCCUAGUCAGCCAAUUGCAGUUGAAGAAAACAUAGAUGAUAUUGAAAAGUUUGAGAAAGAAAUGAUGAAUAUGAGAAUUAGAAGUUCAAGUUUUGUCACUGACCAUGAGGAUUCUCUUCCAACAGUUAAUGUCGAUGAUCUAGAGAUAUGUCAUUUUGAUACUACUGCAUAUUGUUUUGAUUGGCAUGAAUUUUAG